CUCUGCAACUUGGCGGAUAAAUACACGCUCUCUUUUUCUCUCUACAACAAGGGGGGAGAGAGAGAGCGAGAGCGAGAGAGAGAGAGAGAGAUAUAGUGCUGUCGGGUUCUGUCCCCCCAGCCAUCGGCUCUUUCUGUUUUAUGUUGACUGGAAAGAGGCUCAAUUCUGCCAGCCACACGAAUAUAUGACCCUCAUUUCAUGUGUCCUUAGGCGUCCCAAGUGAACAACUGAAGAAAACAUUUUGUGGGCCUGGACCAAAUCAAAGAAAUAGGGAUUGUGACUUUGUUGGACAUUGUAAAGCUGCAAACAGGAACAACGAUAAAGAAUGGAUUUCUAGCUUUAGUUUUAUUACUAAUGAUGGACCACAAUCACUUGACAAUAAAGACCUUUAUGGCUAUCACAGCUGAGAGGGAUGCCGCCAUUCGAGAAAGGAACAUGGCAUUGGAGGAGAGAAAGAGGGCCUUUGCAGAGCGAGACAUGGCAAUGCUGCAGCGUGAUGCAGCAAUUGCCGAGCGUAGUGCUGCUAUACAAGAUCGAGAUGAGGCUAUUGCAGCCUUUCAAUUCAGGGAGAGUUCAAUGAAUGACAACACUCUCGCUGAUUCACUUGGAAAUGAAAUUACAAGUGGAUCAAAACACAUUCACUACCAGCAGCAGAUGCACAUGGCUGAAGCUGCGUAUAUUUCUGGGGGAGUUGCAAAAAUUAAUGAUUUUAACGUUACAGAAACUGCUUCUGAAACUGCUAAGCGUAGGAAAGUGAGGCAACCAAAAGAUGGAAAACUAGCAAAAUCAGCAAAGCCUCUGAGGGUGGGAAAAAGAGGGGCCGAAAAUUUGAGUAAGCAGGUAAACUCGGAUGCAUCUAACAGUUGGAGUAAUGAGCAUGAUUUUGAUUGUGAUGAGGACGAUCUGGACAAACAAGUUUCGUGGAAGGAUAAUUUGGGUUUGAACCAAAUUAACUUUGAUGAGUCUGCCAUGCCAGUGCCAGUUUGCUCUUGCACUGGUUCACCUCAGCCAUGUUAUAGGUGGGGGAGUGGUGGAUGGCAGUCUGCAUGCUGUACUACCACAAUUUCAAUGUAUCCAUUACCUCAGGUGGCAAAUAAACGCUACACCAGAGUUGGUGGUAGAAAGAUGAGUGGAAGUGCUUUUGGCAAGCUGCUAAAUCGACUUGCUACAGAUGGUUACGAUUUUUCCACUCCUCUCGAUCUCAAAGAUCACUGGGCUAAGCAUGGGACGAAUCGGUACAGCACCCUAAAAUAAGCUGCUGCUUAUAAGCAUCUUGGACUGGAUGGUGGAUAAAGAAAAUAUUCUUGCCAAAGGAUUGACCAAGGUAGUUCAUACAACUUGGCACCUUGACAGGUUAUAUCAAUCCAUCGUAGUAGCUGAAUUGGAUUUUAAGUAUUGAAAUUAUACCAAUUUGAUGCAGAAAGGAGCGACUUUGUUUCAAAUGUAAGAUUUUGUCAAAAUUCAGAUGAUAUGGGUUUAAACAAUAUUUACACUUGUACAACUUAAUUAGUU